AUCGAAGCUCUCAAAGCCACACCUUCUCUCUUUUUUAUUUUCUCCUCUGGAAAACAAAUCUUCGUUCCGACAAUCAUUCACCGUCAAAGGUCAGCUUUCAGAUCCGGAAUCCGUGCCCGUAUCUUCCUUCUCAUGAUUCCGCCUAGCGUGCCUGUUGUUUUCGCCCCGAUUUCUUGACCCGGCCGGUAACUACUCUUUGGGUUUUAUUUUGAGUGAUUUAAAGAGCUUAAUAUUCGAGAGAAGAUCUUGAGAUUCUCGUUUAUUGCUUUUAGUUUAGUCCGAUGGCUUCUAUAGGUAUGGUGCCUGCUUCUGGAUUAAGAGAAUCUAGUGGAAAUGCAGUUGGUGUUGAUAGAUUACCCGAUGAAAUGAAUGAUGUGAAAAUUAGGGAUGACAAGGAAGCGGAGGCAACUAUAGUUGAUGGUAAUGGAACUGAGACAGGGCAUAUCAUUGUUACCACUAUUGGGGGUAAAAAUGGCCAGCCCAAGCAGACAAUAAGCUAUAUGGCCGAGCGAGUAGUUGGGCAUGGAUCAUUUGGGGUAGUGUUUCAGGCUAAAUGUUUAGAGACAGGCGAAACUGUCGCUAUUAAGAAGGUUCUUCAAGACAAAAGAUACAAGAACCGUGAAUUGCAAACCAUGCGUCUGCUAGACCACCCUACUGUUGUCUCUCUGAAGCAUUGUUUCUUUUCAACAACUGAAAAAGAUGAGCUCUAUCUUAAUCUGGUGCUUGAGUAUGUUCCUGAGACUGUUCACCGUGUUAUCAAACAUUAUAAUAAGAUGAGCCAAAGGAUGCCACUGAUAUAUGUUAAACUCUACUUUUACCAGAUUUGCAGAGCACUUGCAUACAUUCAUAAUAGUAUUGGUGUGUGCCACAGGGACAUAAAGCCUCAAAAUUUAUUGGUCAACCCACACACCCACCAGCUAAAACUCUGUGAUUUUGGAAGUGCGAAAGUUUUGGUAAAAGGGGAACCAAACAUAUCUUACAUCUGUUCUCGAUACUAUCGAGCGCCUGAAUUAAUAUUUGGUGCAACUGAGUACACUACAGCCAUUGACAUCUGGUCUGCUGGCUGUGUUUUGGCUGAGUUAUUGCUUGGGCAGCCUCUGUUUCCUGGUGAGAGUGGAGUAGACCAGCUUGUUGAAAUUAUUAAGGUUCUAGGUACUCCGACAAGAGAAGAAAUAAAGUGUAUGAAUCCGAACUACACAGAAUUCAAAUUUCCCCAAAUUAAAGCUCACCCAUGGCACAAGAUAUUUCAUAAGCGUAUGCCUCCCGAAGCUGUGGAUCUUGUUUCACGUCUAUUGCAGUACUCUCCAAAUCUUCGUAGUACAGCUGUCGAGGCUUUGGUCCAUGCUUUCUUCGACGAGUUACGUGAUCCAAACACUCUCCUGCCUAAUGGCCGAUUUCUUCCUCCAUUGUUCAAUUUUAAGCCUCAUGAACUGAAAGGAGUGCCUGCGGAUAUGGUAGCGAAACUGAUCCCGGAGCAUGCGAGAAAGCAAUGUGCCUUCCUUGGAUUAUGAUGGGAUUCCUUUCUUAUCUUAGUGUCUGCAUCUUGCAGAAAUCUUGGGCUAUUGUAGAGAUAAGUAGGAGUGUUAGUUAUCUUCGUCACCCCUCCAUGUUCAUUUGUUCCCUUUAUUAUUUUGUUUUUUAAUCAAUCUCUCAUGUUAUUUUCUCUCUCUACCCCCAUCCUUUUGUAGAAAGCAAAACUGGGGGAGUAUCUAAUAUCUUGCAAUGACUAUGCGUAUGACAGAUUGUAACAACAUAUUGUUGGUUUCAAUGUAAUUUCCUUUCAGUGUAAUUUAAUUGAUAGGUAUUCGAUUACUAA